CACCUGUGUCAUGACAUCCACACUCUGGCCGCUCGCGGGCAACGCGCACGGUGCGUGUCUGGGAGCGGCCCUAAACACGCCGAGCAACGACCUGCUUCCCGGCUUGAGCGAGCUCAGUUGCCAGGACGCGUGCGUGACCGACAGCCUCUGCCACGCCACCGGAUUCAGCUAUCUCGGUGCGCAGACGCAGUGCAGGCUCUUCAAGUCGCCCGUCGUCCGGACCCUCCCUAUGAGCGGAGUGUCUUGCCGCCUAAAGCCGGGUCUUUCUUCCAGCUACAUCGGCCCAUCGUCAAUGAGCCUGUUCUUCGGCCCAGGCUUGGCGCAAGCUCCCGGCCGCCCGCCACCUCCACAGCUGCCGUGGGCUCUCCCGCCUCCGCCGCCACCCAGCGCCCUCUCUGCAACGCCGUGGUGGCUCCGGUCCUUCCUGCAGGGACCCCGCACGACGGGACCCACCGGACAGGCGAGAAUUCCGAGGCUCUUGCCGCCGCCGCCGCCGCCGCCGCCGCCGCCGCCGCCGCGCUCCCAAACGCAAGCGGGGCGGCUGUGGCCGCUCACCGGAGCGAGGCGAGGCGCCUGCCGCGUGCAAGGCCCGCUUGUGGCCGAGAUCGGGCCGAGAUCGGGCCGAGAUCGGGCCGCGAUCGGGACGGCCUCGUGCCUCUCUCGGCCGACUCCCCGUCCGCCCAUCGCAGGAGGCAACACCGGCAGCUUCGACGAGGUGUGGCAGGUUGGCGAGUUCGCGUGCCAGCAGCAGUGCGCCUCCUCUUCCAUCUGCGUUGCGAUCGGCUACUACUUUGCAGGCCGCAUGACGCGGUGCGAGCUGCACAAGGACCCCAUCUUCUCCAUCCUGCCGAUGGGGGAGGCGU